CGGCAUAACACAGGAUCUGUUUCCGUCCUGAGCUGACUGGAGUUCUCCAGGUUGCAAACAGACAGAUGGGGAGCAUGGCCUUCUUUACACACCACUUCUGCAGAGGUCUGUCCUCUUCUGCUGUCAGAUCUGCUGUCAUCAAACAUGUCACAAUCAUUGGUGGAGGACAGAUGGGCGCAGGAAUCGCGCAGGUUGCUGCAGCAACUGGCCACUCAGUGACCUUGGUGGACACAUGUGAAGACAUCCUGAAAAAGGCUGUCAAGGGCAUCGAAGGAAGCCUUAAAAGAGUGGUCAAGAAGAAGUAUGCAGACAAGCCAGAGGCAGGUGAGGAGUUCAUUCAGAAAGUCCUGCAGAAUGUGUCCACUUCCACAGACGCUGGAUCUGCUGCUCAGGGUUCUGACCUGGUGUUGGAGGCCAUUGUGGAAAACCUAAAAAUCAAACAGGAUCUCUUUGGUCAUCUUGACAAGCUGGCACCAGCACACACCAUCUUUGCCAGCAACACGUCCUCCCUGCCGAUUUCUGACAUUGCCAGCUCCACUGACAGGCAGGACAGAUUUGGUGGCCUCCACUUCUUCAACCCAGUCCCUAUGAUGAAACUUGUGGAGGUUAUUGGAACUUCAGCUACAAGUCAAGAGACCUUUGACGCCCUCUUCAACUUCAGCAAAGAGCUUGGAAAAACACCAGUUUCCUGCAAGGAUACUCCAGGAUUCAUUGUAAACAGGCUGCUUGUUCCUUACAUAAUGGAGGCCAUUCGUCUGCACGAGAGGGGUCAUGGAUCCAAAGAGGACAUUGACAUUGCAAUGAAACUCGGUGCAGGUUAUCCCAUGGGACCAUUCGAGCUUUCGGAUUAUGUUGGAUUAGACACAAUGAAAUUUAUCAUGGACGGUUGGAGUGCUAAGGAUCCUGACAACCUGCUCUUUACUCCGAGUGAGUUGUUGAACAAGUUGGUUGCUGAAGGCAAAUAUGGCAAAAAGACUGGAGAAGGAUUUUACAAGUACAAGUGAAAUGUCCUCCUCGGAGACACUGGUCACUGUGACACUGAAAAGAAAUACUUAGAGGUUCAAUAAUGCAUUCAAACACUAAAGGUGCCUUUUGUGUUGUAGUGUGUUCACAAUUGUGAGUCCAGUUUUGUUUGAAUAAAUCCUUCCAUGGUGUUCACAAAUCUCAUGGCCUAAUCUUUUUUGUGCAGAAUUGAUGCAAUUUUUUUUUAUUUGCAAAUAUUUAUAAAUCUGAUAAUUUUCCAAUCUCAAUCGUAUAUAUAGGGAUUCUCAAGUGUGGCACAUAAGAUAGAAAACUAUGUUGGCGGUUUUUCAAAGUGGAAUUUUUUACAUAUUGAAUAUGUGUAAAUAAAGAUUUCCUUUGUAAAAUUUAA